AUGGGACCCCCGCCUCCGCCUCCACCACCCCCUCUACUCCCAUCCGGAGAGAUACUACCAUCUCGCAAAUGGAAGACAGAGGAUGCACCACGACGUAACAACCAUCCCGCACCUGCGCCGCCCAAGCCGUCCCGUCCCACAGUGGACGCUUCGGCACUACAGCACGCCGCAGCACGUCUGCGUAAGACCGGCUACAACGAACCGGUUCGAGGUGACGUCGAGAAUCUAUCCGAUGGACGAUUGGACCGACCGCAUCAACAAUUGCCUGACGGAGAUCGGACGUAUCGCGCGAACCUCCAACAAUUGGCUCAGCCGAAAACCAGAGCAGAGAUUCCUUCUCCGCCCACUUAUUCCAACCAACCUCGUCCGCUCGGCGACUUUCAUCGAGACCCCAAUGCGUUAAGCCAAUUCCAGCAAUCCCGAGAGGCUCUUCUAUCAAGUACUUCCCCAACUUCAAACUAUAGCCCAAUCAAUAAAUUCUCAUCAUCCACUCUAACUCAAUACGCAAACAAGUCCCCGUCGCCUCCAUCAUUUGGUAAUAGUAAUAGUGAGGCAACUUAUGUGUCUCCAUAUUCUUCUAAACACUCAUAUCCUACAAACUUCCGAAGCUAUCACAAGGACGACGAUUAUUUUAAUAACACGGCAACUACGGCAACCACCACAACAUCAAGCAAUAGCUUAAACGAGAACAAUAAUUCGAAUAAAUAUGGCAAUAAGGAGACGGUUCUUCAGUGGUCGGAGCCCUACGAUCCAAGUAAAAUCCGCCGCUCACAGUCCCCAAUCCGCAACGCUCGAGAAAUGAUCCACGAGUACUCGACAACGAACUACGUCACAGAAGUCCAGCAACCACCUCCACCACCACCAGAUCUUUAUCAACGAAUGACUCAAGCAAGAACUUUCCUCCAGAAUUCCCUGGCAAAGCAGCUACGCGACGAGGGGCUCACCGAGUCACAAAAAGCCGCGAACCGUAAUCAGACAGGUGCUCUGAGCGCGUCUUCUUCGAUUCCCUUCGAUGCGUCGCAAAUUGUCAAGAACUCUUACAACGGCGAUGAGGUGGAUCAUCUGGUGCAUCAGAUGAGAACAAAGCUGAAUCAGCCAGCAGACACCUCACCAAGCAUCGUACAGUACCCCCGACGCCAGGCACCGGACUCGUCGCGAGCAAAUUACUCGGCAACUACUUCCACGUCUUUCUCCUCCUCCACAACACGCAAAAUCAUGAAUAUCAAUAUCUGCGUUGGUUGUGGCAAAGAGAUCACCGGAGACCAGCCAGGAUGCAAUGCAAUGAAUCAGAUCUUCCACGUGGAUUGCUUCAAAUGUGGUCAGUGCUCGAAGACACUUGCCGGCGCCUCCUUCUACAAUAUCGAUGAUAAGCCGACAUGUGAAGGCUGCUAUCAGAACUCACUGGAGAAGUGUACCGCGUGCAACCGAGCGAUCAGUGACAAACUUUUGAGAGCCUGUGGAGGGGUCUACCAUGUGAACUGCUUCGUGUGCUUCUCCUGCAAAAAGUCUCUCGAUGGAAUUCCUUUUACUCUUGACAAGGACAACAAUGUGCACUGUGUCCCAUGCUUCCAUGACAAAUUCGCGCCACGAUGUGCACUCUGCAGUAAGCCCAUAGUUCCACAAGACGGAGAAAAGGAGUCGGUUCGUGUCGUAGCCAUGGAUAAAUCAUUUCACGUUGACUGCUACAAAUGCGAAGACUGUGGAAUGCAAUUGUCAUCAAAGCUGGAAGGCCAAGGAUGCUACCCAAUCGAUAACCACCUGCUCUGCAAGACCUGUAAUGGAAACCGGCUCCGCGUGGUCAGCUCCACGUAAGCGAGCCAUCAGUCAACAAUUUCCAUUCCCCCCAUCCGUUUUUCUUCAACUGCCAUCCGUCUUUUCCUGUAUUUUUUUUCAUUUUUUCACCCCAAAAUUUUCCGUCUUUUCUACGCCGUCGGUGCCCCCAUUCCAUCAACGCUUCUUCGUCCUCUAAUAGUGUUCCCAAAGUACGUAGACCGUCUCCUUUUGUAAAUUCUUCCCCGAAAAAACAAAACCAAUUUUUAACUUGCUUGUUCCUUUUUACCGUGGAUUGAUUGAUUUAUAUUAAAUUUCUAUUUCAUUUUUUCCCCCAGUUUUUUAUCGAAUAAAUAAGAGCCUCUCAUU